AUGAAGCUCUUGUCCCUUUGCAGCAUUCUUGCAGUGGCUUCUGCCAUUGUUCCAGAGGGAAUCAUCUCUUCAGAUACUAAAGUGUAUCCUGGACGUCAAUCGCUUCCGAACUUGUUCACUGUUCCUUCCAAGAACGAUAUUAACGGAUGGGAAGUCAGUGGUUCCUUGAAGCUUGAUGCUGGCCGCUUGGCUUUUGAAAGAGGUCAGGGCGCUCUUUGGUCUGAGCUGGCAUUGGCCAAUUCUAUGGACGAAUGGGUGAUUGAGGCAGUUUUCAGAAACUCCGAGUCUGUGGAAACCGCUGAUCAUUCGUUUGUUGAUACGAACGGUCUUGCCUUUUGGCUUGUUCAGGCUCAGAACACGCCUAGGUUUAAGAAGGAUACACUGAACUUUGGUGGCCCGGCAGUGUUUGAUGGUUUCCAGUUCUUGGUAAACAACAAGGAGAAACCUGGUCUUAAGUUGUUUGCUGGAGAUGGCACCAAGGAGAUUCCUAACCAGAUUGAUAACACUCUUGGAACGUGUUCUUUCAACUACCUCGACUCGAUGGUGCCGUUUACACUUCGUAUCUCCUACUCUGCCAAGAACAAGUUGUUCAAGGUCCAGAUUGACAAUAACCUCUGUUUCAAGACGGAUGCCAUUUCCUUCAACAAGCUUGCCCAGGACUUUGAUUUUGGUGUCACUGGCUCUGUUGAUGGUAAAUCUCAGGAGUACUGGGAGAUUCUCAAGAUGUCCGUGUACAACGAGCUCACUGAAGAUGCUAUUGAUGAUCAUGGAAUCCUUGCUGACGGUGCUGUGAAGGUGAUUACCGUUACUCAAGACGAACAAGAGCCAACCUACCAGCCAUCUUUCGGCAGGGAAUCUCUUAUGGAGAGAACCAGAAAAUGGAAGGAGCAAAUGUUGAAGGAAGAGGAAGAAGAAGCUAAGGCUAGAGAGCAGCAGAAGACGGAGCCACAAAAACAGGAGCCAGUCAGAAUCGAGACUCCUUCAAAGGUGGAUCUUUCAGAAAUCACGCAAAAGUUUAGCUCUUUGGAGAACUUGAUUAAGCAGGUAGGUGCUGGAUCUGGCAAUAACCAACCUGAUCUCCUGAUUCUUAAUCAAAUUGUGGAAUCCCAGAUUCAGCAAAUCCAAGUGCUUGAAACUUUGAAGGACAAUUACGUGCGUUUGGAACAAUUGAUCCAAAGCCAGAACAACGACAUUGCCAAAUCGAUCCUUAACGAGUUCAAUAAUCACAGAAAAGAGCUUGGCGAUUUGGGAAGACAUGUUCAAUCGCUUGCUGCCAGCAGUGGAAAACGUGAAACCGAGCGUUUCCCGCUGUUUGAAUCUGAUAAAGUCGAAUCGUUCCAGACGUAUCUGAAAUGGUUCAUGGUUGCAGUUAUUGCCAUCAUUGUUGUCUUGAGUAUUUUCGUCCACAGACUUAGAAAGGACGUGAAACACUCCAAGCUACUUUGA